AGUCAGUUGCCUGCGUGUGGGUUGGACCUCAGCACUUCUCACUUUUUCUCUCCAGCUCUCUUUUUAUUUCAAUCUGUCCGCUGUACCUACCUGGUCUUGCAAAAAUGUAUCGGAGCGCAAACCCAUGGAUCUCAAACUACCUGAGCCAUGUCAAGUUCUGCGGCCAAGAACUUGGGAGUGAGACCCCCGUCAAACUUGGGAAGGCAAGACUUUUACAGAAGAGGGCUCUUAGCUUCCAGAAAGUGUUCUUGUUCGAAGAGAAAAAUACCCUGGCCAAGAACACCAAGGAUAUAGAUGUAAAUCUCUUGGCAAGCCUCCCUAAAGUUUCAGAAUUGAGGAAGCGUUUUGAAGGCAUCAGCCCAAGCACUAGCUGUGACUUGAAAAUGAACAGGAAGGAGAGGAUUGCCCGGCGGUUGGAGGGCAUAGAGAGCGAAGUGCAUCCCGCCAUAUUACCCAGCUGCCCAGGCCUGGUGACCAAUCAGCUGGUAGAGGAAGACACACCACGUUACACACGCGCCUCGGACACCUGUGACCCCUGUGUUGUCACAGUACAACGUUACAGUAAGGAGGACAUGGAGAGUCCAGAAAUGAUGACCCAUCAGCUGGUCACUGCUCCAGAGAGGCAGUCCAGAGCCCGGUGCAGACCCGAGGAACAGACACAGACCGUCCUCACCGAACCCACAGACCCCGCUGGUUCCGACCUGGACUCCAAGGUGGAGCGAAUCGCUCGCUACAAGGCAGAAAGGCGUCGCCAGUUGGCCGAGCGCUAUGGUAUCUCACUGGACCAAGAGCCAGACACCACUGUCACCGACCAAUUCUCUUCCCGAUACGGUGCCUCCUGUGGACUCAAGGAGUUGGCUUCUUCCUCUGAGAGGCAACAGGGCUACACAAACCCAGAAACACGCUGCAGGGCAGAGUCUGUGGGGGACGAACACUCCUACACAUCCAGUAGAUCCAGGGUGGGUAGAGUGGCCCCCCCACCACAGGGCUACGGCAAGCCUGACCAGGGGCGACCCAGGGUUGACUCGUUCACAGAGAGGGAGAGGGUGGAGAACCUGGAGAACCAGCGCAGGGCGGCUCAGCAGGAAAGGAACAUCAAAGCCCCCGAGCCGCAGCCGCCAUCUUCCUCCACCUACAUGGAUGUGACAUCGUCGACCUCUGCCAAAGUGCCCGUUGCUAAGCACAACACCAUCAUGGGGUUGCCUCCCAGCUCACCCAAGACUGGCCGGAAGUCCUUGCUGCCCUCCCCCAAACAGGAGGUGUCCCCUGGGGACCUGUUCAUAGAGCAACAGGCCCACAACAUCCUCAGCAGACAGGGGUCUUGUUUGAGCCCAGAUCUACCAAGCACUGAAGCCGAUGAAGAGAAAUUGGAUGAGCGGGCCAAGCUGAGUGUUGCAGCCAAGCGUUCUCUCUUCAGGGAGUUGGAGAGGAACACGGAUGGGGGCUCCCCAAAACCCCCAUCACGGAACGUGGCCAUGGAGAGGCGACUGAGACGCACCCAGGACCGCUCCCAUACCCAGCCAGUCACUACUGAGGAGGUGGUCAUUGCUGCCACCCUGCAUGCAUCAUCACAGGAGAGUGCUGCAGCCAGAGAGCAGGCCAGGCAGACCCAUAAUGCACCAGAGGUCCAGAGAGAAGCCCAGCGGACGUCCACCAAGCUCCUCCAGACUUCUUCUCCUGAGGAGAACCAGCCCCAGACCCAGAAUCAUCAGGGCCAGGGGGACGCAGAGCCGGAUCUAUCCACCUUAAGCUUGGCAGAGAAGAUGGCUCUGUUCAACAGGCUGGCCCAGCCAGCCAGCAGGGUGAUCCGCACCAGGCCGGACAGCAGGGGGCGCAGGGCCAACGCCCGUUACCAGACCCAGCCCAUCACCCUGGGAGACCUGGAGCAGAUCCAUAACGGGGCCAAGUUGGGCCAGCUAUUCUCAUCUGCCCUCAGACCUGGGGCCACGGUCGCCACAGACCACGCAGGGGACAUCCACUUAGCCACUGGGGGCAGGGCUAGCCCAGCAGAGGCACCCAACCCUGGGUACUGCGAAAGGUCCAUCCCCCACCACCCUAGCCCUCCCACCCAGAUCACAGAACCCUCCAAUGCCAUCUGGAGGUCUGUGCCUGGCCCCCACCACCAAGCCUCUCUGGAUCUCCAGGCGAACCAGACUGACUCAACCACCAUCCUCCCCCAGGGAGAGGAGGGCGAUCUGUGGGGAGGGAAGAGAAAGUUGCCCUCUCCGGAGGGAGGUGUCAGAAAGGCCCCCAUGCCUCAGGCCUGGUCUGGUGAGAGGGAGUGGGAGGAGGAGCAGCGUUUGGCCAGGAUGGGUGGUGAGGGUGUGGAGCCCCAGCGUGUGUUGAAGGGGACAGAGACUGGUGGUGGUGGUCUCCACCAGGACCACAGGCAGCACCAGGAGCAGAGGGGCUAUCUGAGACAGUCAUCAUUAGACCUCCAGGACCCAGACGGACACAGAUCAAAGGUCAUCAGCACUGAGCUGCCAGACUCUAGUGUGUCAUCAUCGAGAGCAGCAGAGCAGCUAAGGAGUGCAUCUCUCUCUCCAUACACACUGCUGCCUCAGGCUCGGGAGCUGGGCGGGGCGGACACACACACGGACGGCAGCAGUGGUCUGGGACACACACACAGCCUGGUCCAGUCUGAGCAAGAGGACGUAGAGCUCUCAGAAGCCAUGUCGGCUAGACAGAUGUCCAUCAAAGACAGGCUGGCCCUGUUGAAGAAGAGUGGCGAGGAGGACUGGAGGAACAGGAUUAAUCGGAAGCAGGAUGUGGUGAAGGUGGCCGUGUCAGAACGUCACGCUCAGCUAUGGGAGGUGGAGCAGAGCUUCAAGAAGAAGCAGAGGAUGGGAGGGGGAGAGGAGACUACGGAAAACCAGAACCAGCCUAUCGAGAUGUCUAUCCAUGAGAGGAAGCAGCUGAUCGUGGCUCGAGAAGAGGCCUGGAAGUCCAAGGGCCACGGGGCCGCUAACGACUCCACACAGUUCACUGUGGCCGCACGCAUGGUCAAGAAAGGUCUGGCUUCUCCUUCUGCUCUCUUGAACCCUGUGACAUCUCUCCCUUCCAAACCCAAGAACACCACUCCUGCCAUCUCCAAGCCUCUGGAAGAGAUCGAGGCCAAACCGGACAUGAACCUGGAGUCGGACAGGAAACUCGAUAAGCUGGACUCUUUCCUGAGCAAGUUGAACAGUAAAGUGGGCGGCCUGCAGGAAUCCACCAUCACAGUGACGAAGAAGACGGUCAAAGAUGUCAUGAAUCUGGAUGAUGAGAUGUUCGACAAGUUUUACCGCCACGUGGCCGAGAUGCCCCUCAACAUGAACAGCAAGGUGGACAUCAAUGACGACUUCGACGACAUCUUCGGUGGUACCCAGAUGCCCAAGCUGACCUCCGCCAUGGUGGAGCACAAGCGGUCAGUGCGUCCAGUGCGCAACGUCCAGUCGUCCAGGAACCCUCUGAAGAUGCUGGCGGCCAGAGAGGACAUACGACACGAGUACACAGAGCAGAGACUCAACAUUGGCCUGCUGGAGAGCAAGAGGAUGAAGCAAGAGAAGAUGAAUAAAAAUAGUGGAUUCUCUGAGGUGGCUCUGGCGGGUCUGGCCAGUAAGGAGAACUUCAGCAGUGUCAACCUGCGCCGUGUCAACAUCUCCGACCAGAUGUCCAACAACAGCGCUGUGCCCUACAAGAAACUCAUGCUCUUGCAAGUCAAAGGCCGACGGCACAUCCAGACCAGACUAGUGGAGCCCAGAGCGUCCUCUCUAAACAGUGGGGAUUGCUUUCUGCUCAUCACACCCCAUCACUGCUUUGUCUGGACAGGAGAGUUUGCCAACGUCAUCGAGAAGGCCAAGGUUGCUGAGCUGGCCCAGUUCAUCCAGACCAAGAGAGACCUGGGUUGCCGUGCCAAUUAUGUAGAGCUGAUCGAGGAGGGUAUCAACACACACAGCUACGCUGCCAAGGAGUUCUGGAAGAUUCUGGGUGGACAGAUCAGCUACCAGUCCGCAGGGACACCAGACGAGGAUGAGCUGUAUGAGAGCGCCAUCAUAGAAACCAAUUGCAUCUACCGCCUAGUGGACGACAAACUGGUCCCCGAUGACGACUUCUGGGGGAAGGUUCCCCGAUGCACGCUGCUCAGCCCCAAACAGGUGUUGGUGUUUGACUUUGGCAGUGAGGUGUACGUGUGGCACGGUAAGGAGGUGACUCUGGCCCAGAGAAAAGUUGCCUUCCAGCUGGCUAAACACCUGUGGAACGGAACCUUCGACUACACAAACUGUGACAUUAACCCCCUGGACCCUGGAGAGUGCAACUCACUCAUACCCAGGAAAGGCCAGGGCCGUCCAGACUGGGCUAUGUUUGGAAGGUUGACGCAACACAACGAGACCACCCUGUUCAAGGAGAAGUUCCUGGACUGGACAGACUCCAAGAAGAAAGGUACCAUCAAGAACGGCCAUGAGCACCUCAACGAAAACAACAAGGAGCAGCAGAGCCCGGAACAGAACAUGAUGCGGGCCUAUGAUGUCUCCCUGAUGCUGCCACUGCUCCAGACCCCGGUUCGUACGGUGUUGGAUGGGGUGGACCUGGGCCGGGGCUAUGGCCCGGUGGCGGGGGAUGACCGCAGGCACUUUGAGAUCAGCACCACCGCUGUGGACAUCUGGCACAUACUAGAGUUUGACUACAGCCGGCUGCCCAAGCAGAGCAUUGGACAGUUCCAUGAGGGAGACACCUAUGUGGUGAAAUGGAAGUACAUGGUGAGCACAGCAGUUGGGAAGAGGCAGAAUCCGGAUGCGGUGAGGAGCGCAGGAGCUGGGAAGGAGAAGUGUUCCUAUUUCUUCUGGCAGGGCCGGAAUUCUACCGUCAGUGAAAAGGGGACGUCAGCGCUAAUGACUGUUGAACUGGACGAGGAGAGAGGAGCACAGGUCCAGGUGCAGCAGGGGAAGGAGCCUCCAUGUUUCCUUCAGUGUUUUAAUGGAGGGAUGGUGGUCCAUGCAGGGAAGAGAGAAGAGGAGGAAGAGAACUCACAGAAUGACUGGCGGUUGUACUGUGUGCGGGGGGAGGUCCCAGUGGAGGGCCACCUGCUGGAGGUAGCAUGCCACUGCAGCAGUCUGCGCUCUCGGACCUCUAUGGUGCUUCUCAGCGUCUCUAAAGCAACCAUGUACGUGUGGCACGGCUGCAAGGCCCAGCUCCACACCCGCAACGUGGGGUGCACUGCCGCCGACAAGAUCAAAGAACAGUGUCCGUUGGAGGCAGGGCUCCACAGCAGCAGUAAGGUGACCAUCCAUGAGUGUGACGAGGGGGCGGAGCCUACGGGAUUCUGGGAAGCUCUGGGAAGGAGAGAUAGGAAGGCCUACGACUGCAUGCUCCAAGAUCCAGGGAAGUUCAACUUCACCCCUCGUCUCUACCAGCUGAGCAGUACGUCUGGAGAGUUUGUUGCAAUGGAGUUCUUCUACCCAGCCAGAAUAACAGAGGAGGUCAACUCACUGCCCUUCCUACAGGAGGACCUCUACACUGCCUCUCAACCAGCCCUCUUCCUGGUCGACAACCUCCACGAGGUCUACCUGUGGCAAGGCUGGUGGCCCCAGGACAGCGAGAGUCCUGGCUCUGCCCGAAUCCGCUGGGACGCAGACAGGAAGUGUGCCAUGGAGACGGUGCUGCAGUACUGCACAGAGAAGAAUGAGAAGAAGCCACCCAAGGCGUAUCUGAUCCAUGCAGGACUUGAACCUCUAACCUUCACCAACAUGUUUCCAUGCUGGGAACACAGAGAGGACAUAGCUGAGAUCACUGAGAGGGAGGCAGAGGUUUGUAACCAGAUAAUGCUGGUAGAGGAUGUGUUGGCACGGCUGUGUAAGACCACCUACCCCCUGGCAGACCUGCUGGCACGGCCCCUACCAGAGGGAGUCGACCCCCUACGCCUGGAGAUCUAUCUAGACAACGAUGACUUUGAGAAAGCUCUGGAGAUGUCGAGGGAUGAGUAUGAGGUGUUGCCAGGUUGGAAGCAGGUGAACGUGAAGAAAGCCAAAGGAUUGUUUUAGUACGUUGGACAGAAGGCUUGACCACCGGAUGACGUCAUCAGCAAGCGACGGUCAGUGCAUCGUGGUUCAGUUGUAACAGGAGCCCGCCACUGAGAACUCUUUUAAUUUAACAUGUCACCCCUUCAUCUCCGGACUGGAGAGGGCUUGGGAACACACACUUCUGAGAACCCAACCCUGGUUGGAGGGAGGGAAGAGGAAGAGAGACGCAGUGGGGGAAGGAGUGAGGAUCAACAGAGUUGUGCCAGCCUUGUGUAUAGUUUUCUUCUUGUAUUUGUAUGUGUUACCAGUUUUGUUUUGUAAUUCUAAAUGUAGGUAGUUCAGAGGUGUGCGAGUGAAUGUUGAGUGGAUGUUUGUAAUGUGUCGGCACCUGGCUUUUUAAAUCCACACUGUGUGUGUGUGUGCUCGUGUGUGUGCUCGUGUGUGUGCUCGUGUGUGUGCUCGUGUGUGUGCUCGUGUGUGUGCUCGUGUGUGUGCUCGUGUGUGUGCUCGUGUGUGUGCUCGUGUGUGUGCUCGUGUGUGUGCUCGUGUGUGUGCUCGUGUGUGUGCUCGUGUGCGUGCUCGUGUGUCUGUGUGUGUGCUUGUGUGCUCAUAUCUGUAUGUGUGUGGGUGUGACCAUGCUUUUACAGUAUCGCCCAUACAGCAGUUUGUCUUCGAGCAGGAGAACCACUCUGUUUGACACACCCCAAACAGACUCUCUGCAAGCUGUUCUUUGUGCAUUUGUGCAUUAGAAUAAAUAAUUUAUAUUUACUCCAUAUUAGGAAUAAAAAGCCUUUUGAGUAUUAUCUAUGAGAUAAGAAAUGAAAUACAUUGUAUUGUUAUUCAUGUUGAGGUUGUCAUAUGUUGAUAAGUAGUUGGACAAUAAUGCUCCUUACCCAAGAGACUGUACAUGUCGCCAUUGUAUUGAACAAAUCAUGUAUCUACUACAUUCUGAAGUGUCUGUUGUCAUUGCUAGGUUGUCCUGCAUCAUUCAGGUGCUCAGAUUGAAGAGCAUUGUUGUAUUUUACAGGCAUGAAUUUACAGAAUCUUAUAAAUUCAACAUUGUAUAGUGCCUUGCUUUUAUGUACAGUUUAUAUAUAGAACGAUAUUAGUCUGUGUUUUAAAGAAUCUCUUUGUGAUAUGAAGGAUAUUAGAGAAAUAAACAU